AUGGGUUUUACUUUAUUAGAAGAUUCCAUUGAAAUGGAAGUAAUCUCAUCCAAAAGGUUUAGUGCAAAUAUUCACACAUUGGUUAAUUUGAGAAGUUCAUUAAUAAAUACAUUAGAAGCAUCAAGAACAUUUUUAAGUUCAGCAGAAUCAUUUGGUCAAUCAUCAUUUUUUUUAUCAAAUGAUCUUAAUAGAGUUUCAUUACAAUUCCCAUCAAUCUCUACAAUUUCAUCAACAGUAAUUCAAUUUAAUAAAGAAGUUGCUUCAGUUUUACCUCAAACAUUAAAAGAGUGUAGAUUUUUAUUAGAUUAUACAUUUGAAAAUGGAAUUCCAUUUGAUCAUUCAGAAAUUUUUAAAAGUUUAAAACAAGAAAUGGAUAAAUUUUUAGUUGAAUCAAAUGUUCAAAGAAAAGAAUUAAGAUCAUUAUUAUUAAAAUAUUCAAAAUCAAUAUCUGAUAGUACAAGUGAUAAAAUUGCAAAUACAAUGGCCAAAUUAAAUCAAUCAAUGUAUCAAUAUGAAAAAUAUUCAAUGUUAAUUGAAAAUGAAUUAUCUGAAUUUGUUACUAGAAAACAUGAUUUUUUAUUUAACAUUUCAAAACAAAUGAUAAAUUUACAUCAAGUUGUUAGAUUUGGUAAAAGUAAUUUCAAUCAAGAAGUUAAACCAGCUUUUUCAAAUAACUCAUCGCCAACAGUAUCACCAAUUACAACACCAACUUCUUCAUCAUUAUUAUUGAAUAAUAAUAGUAAUAAUCAACAACAACAACAUGUUUUAAUUGUACCACCACAAAAUUUUAAAGAUUUAUUGGAUAUGCCAAUUUAUUUAAAAGCAUUUAGAAUCUUUGCAGAGAAACAACAUUGUCUUGAAAAUUUAUUAUUUUGGUUAGAUGCAACAACUUUAAAAGAUUUAGAAACUAAUAAUUAUCCAAGAAAUAGAAUUAGAACUUUAUUUUUAAAUAUGUAUGGUAAUUAUAUUGCAAAUGAUUGUAAAUAUGAAAUUAAUAUCGAUUCAGAAUCAAAACAAUUAAUUGAAAAUAGAAAGAAUACAGUCGAAGAAGAUCAACCAUUUUAUUCAAGUUUAGUUUUAGCAGUUGAAAAUGUUUAUAAUAUUUUAAAUUUAUCAAUGUUUCCAUUAUUUAUGACAAGUCCAUUAUAUCAUUCAGCAAGUACAUUAAUUAAAAAUUCAUCAUCAUCAUCAACAUUAUCUGUAUCACCGAUUUCAUUAUCACCAUUAUCGUCAUUAUCAAAUUUUGAAACAUUAUUAAAUGAAAAUAGAGGUGUUUUCCAUUGUAUUAAUUCAGUUGAUUCAAUUAUUAAAAAUCCAAUUACAAUUGAAUAUUUCAUUCUAUUUUUAAAACAAUUGAAUCCAGUUUCAUCAAAUAGUGGUAGUAGUUUAGCAAAUAGUAGUUUAAUAAAAAGUAAUAGUAAUACAAAUAUUUCAGGAUUAAUGUCACAAUUAAAUAUAGACAACUGUAAUAAUAAUAAUAAUAAUAACAACAAUUCAAAUAAUAAUAAUUCAAAUAAUAAUAGUUCAAAUAUAAAUUCAAAUAAUAAUAAUAUAAUACCGCCAUUGGUUUUAUCAUUAUCACCAAGAUUAGAACCAUUAAUUACACCAUUUUUAGUUAACAAUAAUACACCAUCAGAAAUUGUAAAUAUGAUUUCAUUUUAUUUAGAAACUAAUAAAUUUAAAGAUACUCAAGAUGAUCAAUUAUUGGAAAUGUAUGCAAUGGAUAUCUAUGAUAUUUAUUUGAAACCAGGUUGUGAUAAACAAAUUACAACAAUUCAAUAUCAAACCAUUCAAGAUGCAAUCUCUUCGAAAUCAGUCACUAGAAAUAUGUUUAAAAAUGUUUCUCAAGAUAUUCUAUUACAUAUUGCUUAUAACUAUUUUCAACCAUUUUUAAAUUCAAAUAUUUGUAAAGAAAUGUUACAACGUGAAGAGAAAAUGAAAAAAUAUAUUGAUCGUGAAGAAAAGAAAAUUAAACAAGAUUCAAAAAUUGAUCAACAAUUUGAGUUGAUUUUAAAAGAGAAAUUCAAAUUAGUUAUACCAUCAUAUAAAACUUAUUUAUUAAAUAUUCAAAAUAAUAAUAAUAAUUUAAAUAAUAAUAAUUUAAAUAAUAGUAGUAGUAAUUCAAAUAGUAGUAAUAAUAAUAAUAAUAAUAAUAAUAAUAAUAAUACAAGUAGCUCUUUAAGUAAUAGUGGAGGUAGUAGUAGUUUAAAUAUAAAUAAUAAUUCGAGUGCAAUAACAUCAUUAAGUAGUAGUGUAGGUAGUAAUAGUAGUACUGGUAGUAAUAAUAAUAAUAAUAAUAUGUCAAAAUUACCAAGUUCAAAUUCAUCAAUGUCAUUAAAUAAUCCAUAUAUAAAUAAUAAUAGUAGUAAUAGUACAAGUAAAAUUUCAUCACCAAAUUUAAGUUCUCAAUCAACACCAUCGUCAUCGUCAUCAUCUUCAUCGUCAUCAUCAUCAUCAUCAAAUGGAGUAAGUGAAAGAAUUAAAAGUGGAGUAAUUGGAAUGUUUUCACCAAGUUUAGGUGGUUUACCAAUAAUUGGUGGUAUCACUGGUAGUAAUAGUAGUAAUUCAUCAUCAUCGGCAUCACCAUUAUCAAUGUCAUCACAACAAGGAUCUAAUAAUAGUGGUCAAGGAUGUGUUUCACCUAGAACUAGUAAUGAUGGUAGUGGUAGUGGAUUUACGACAAAUCAACAAUCAUCUACAACUUUCUUUGACUCUGAUCCAAAUGAUCCAUUUACAAUUAUAUUAACUGAACCAAAUUGGUUAGAUGCAUUCAAGAAAUAUGUUAAAUUAGAAAAGAGUGAAGAGAUUUUAUUAUUCCUAUUAGAGACUGAUUCAUUCGUUAAAUCAAGUAAACCAAGAUCACUCAAGGUUGCUUAUAACAUUUAUGAAACUUUUAUUCGUGAUGGUUCACCAUUAGAAGUAAACAUUGAAUACGAUAUCAGAGCUCAAUGUAAACAAGCAGUAACUAAAAAUAAUGAUGAUCAUAUUCAUGAAGCAUUUAAAUCUGCUGGUCAAUCUGUUUUAGAAAUGAUUAGAGUUGGUUCUUAUAAAAACUUUUUAAAAUCUCAAAUUUAUAAAGAAACUUUUUCACAAUUUGGUGAUCCAUUAAAACCAAAAAAUAAAAAAAAAUAA